AUGUUCCGUACUGCCUUCCGCAGUGCUCUGUUAGCACCCAAGAAGGAGGCCUUUCUGCGUGGCAAGCCGCAUCUUAUCAUCGGUACCAUCGGUCAUGUCGACCACGGAAAGACGACGCUCACGUCCGCCCUCACUACAGUGCUGGCCAAGGUAGGUAAGGCGAAGGCACUUGACUACUUCGCCAUUGAUAAGUCCCCAGAGGAGAAGAGCCGAAAGAUCACCAUCAACGCAACGCACGUGGAAUACGAGUCGGAGAAGCGCCAUUACGGCCAUAUAGACUGCCCUGGCCACAUGGACUUUGUGAAGAACAUGAUUACCGGCGCAGCGCAGAUGGAUGGUGGUAUUCUUGUCGUGGCUGCCAAUGACGGAUGCAUGCCGCAGACACGCGAGCAUCUGCUCAUUUGUUCGCAGAUUGGUCUUCCCGCCCUCGUGUGUUUCAUCAACAAAUGUGACAUGAUGCACGGGCAGGAGGACAUGAUUGAGCUGGUCGAGAUGGAGGUGCGUGAGCUGCUUGAGAAGUACAAAUUCCCCGCUGAGGAGACACCGUUUGUCCGUGGCUCCGCGGUGAAAGCGCUGGAGGGCGACGCCGAGAACGAGGCGAAGAUCAUGGAGCUUGUAAAGAAGUGCGAUGAGUGGAUCCCCGAUCCGCCGCGCGCCACCGACAAGCCCUUCCUUAUGGCCAUCGAGCACGUCUACGAGAUUGGGAAGGACAAGAAAUGUGUCGUCGUGACGGGUCGUGUGGACCAGGGCUUGUUGAAGCUUGGCGCUGACGCCGAGCUCUCAGGCUUCAGCGCGAAGAAGAUGACGGUGAAGGUGACCGGCAUUGAGAUGUACCACAAGACGCUGGACGAGUGCAUGCCGGGCGAUUCCGUCGGCGCCAGCAUCGUCGGCAGCGGCGAAACGACGAGCCUAUCGAAGGACAACGUCGAGCGCGGCAUGGUGCUCUCCGCACCCGGCGCCACAACGCUCUUCAACAGGGUGCGCGCGCAGGUGUACGUGCUGACGAAGGAUGAGGGCGGCCGCCACACCGCCUUUAGUCCACACUACCGCCCGCAACUUUUCUUCCACUGCGCCGAUGUCACGGCCGACAUUAAUUUUCCCGAGAGCGAGAAGCUCGCGGCGGAGCUGAACAAGAAGUACGGUCGUGACGCAGAGGAGCAGAAGAAGAAGGAGGCGGAGCUGAAGGAGUUUGAGAAGACGCUUGUGUGUAUGCCGGGCGACAACCGCGAGCUCGUGCUGACGCUGGCCUACCCGAUGCCGGUGGAGAAGGGACUGAAGUUCACCAUCCGCGAGGGAAAAAUCACUGUUGGUUGGGGCGCUAUCACAGAGUGCAUUGCUCUCGACCCGAAGGUGAGCAUCGAAGGUGUGAAGCAGACGAAGGCCGUGACGGGUAAGCCGAAGAAGAAGAAGUAG